GCUUGUGUGCUGUUUGAGACAGAGCUUCACUUUGACAUUUGGCCCAUGUGAGCGGAGGAGAGCGAGAAGAGCCUCUCGUAUGAGGACAGAGGAAUAAAAGAGCAAUUUCUUUCACUCAGAUGUGGGCUCUUUUUAAAUUUACGGGAGAUUUCCGAGUGUAAAUGCAGCCAUGAGCUCGGUGUGGAAGAGGCUUCAGCGCGUCGGGAAGAGAGCGUCCAAGUUCCAGUUUGUCGCGUCCUGCCACGAACUUACGGUCGAAUGCACCAGUAAAUGGCAGCCAGACAAACUGAGAGUGGUUUGGACCAGACGAAACAGACGAAUCUGCACUAAGCUUCAUGGCUGGCAGCCUGGCAUCAAGAAUCCUUACAGAGGGACAGUAUUGUGGCAGGUGCCUGAGAAUGUGGAUAUUACAGUCACACUCUUUAAGGAUCCAAAUGCUGAUGAAUUUGAAGACAAGGAUUGGACAUUCAUCAUUGAAAAUGAGACAAAAGGUCAUCGUAAAGUUCUAGCAUCAGUGGAUGUAAACAUGAAGAAGUAUGCCAACGUCACUUCAACUACAUUUGACCUGACGCUCAAAAUGAAGCCACUCUCUGUGAAAGUGGUGGACGCUACACUAAAGCUCAGCCUGACCUGCAUCUUUCUUAAAGAGGGCAAGGCCACUGAUGAAGAUAUGCAGAGUUUAGCCAGUCUAAUGAGCCUUAAAUAUUCAGAUAUUGGAAACCUGGAUGACUUCAAUGACAGCGAUGAAGAGGACAAGAAACUGAGUACAGGAACAGGCAGAAGCAUGGCAGCCACAGCUCCUCUUCCUCCUGUUAGAAAAGUUCAUGAUGAGGCAUGGAGGCCUGCUGUAGACACAAACCCUUUUGUCACAGUUCAUUCUGAAAUGGAUUUGAGGAGUUCAUCACCACCAUCUUCUGUUCCUAACCUGCCUCAUCAAGCCAGUCAUCUUUUCCAGACCUCGCUCAAACCUUCUCUCUCAUCACGUUGUACUGCACCCUCCCAUCUCCCUGACCUUUCUGGCUCAUCCCAGCCUUCACGCACUUCCCAUUAUGCCUUUAGCGUACCGGCAUUUAUUCGUGCUCAUCCUCCUGCGCUGCCCAAAAUCUUCCAGCCAAAAGCAGGCUCAGUGCCUCUAUCUGUUUCCCGAAGGCCCUCAGGGGGCCAGGAUGAUGCUGGUAUGACCAGGGUCAGUAGCUCUGUCGCUUCACAUCCACAAUCCCUCUCCACCACAUUUCCUGGUCCCAGUGCUCCUCCUUUCUCUCUCUCCUCUACCUUCUCUUCCUCCUCUCAGCUGACUGCUCCACCUGCUAUUUCUCAGACAGCCACCUCUGCUGCCCCAGGAGCCUGGACACAUCAGAGUUUUCCUUCUUUUUCUCCCCCUGUAUCUGUCAGUAGCCCUGAUCCUUCUGUUCUUGGCCACUUCCCUCCUGCCUCUGUACCUCUGUCUGCACCAUGCCCUUUAAAAACCUACCGCACUUCAUUGUCUGAGCUAGGCUCCGCCCUCACCAAGCCCACCAGUAUGCCCUCAGCUACUGAGACAGCAACAUGGCAGAGAGAGUGGAGGUCCCCUGAAGUCAAGCCUAGCCUCUGUCCCACACCCGUUACCUUAGAAGAACCUGUCCUUCAGCAGGCAGUGCAGAGUUCAGAUACACUGCGCCGACCUGCCUCAGUUUCAUCACCUCUCUCUGCUUUAGGUCCUCCCCUUAAAAAAGCUAGUCCCUUUACAUCUCCCAUUAAUACACCUCUUCCUACUUUACCCUUGCCAGAAACAGUGCCCUCUCUCACUCCCAAUGUGCCUCCUAAAGUAGCUCCUCCUCUGUCCCUGUCCUGUCCAUCUGAAGUGACGUCUUACUCUGUGUCCUCUCCUUUGCCCCAUUCCCUCGUCCCAUCCGAGCCCCUGUCACCUGCCCACUCUUUCCAUGUUGCUGUACCUCCACCUAUCAGCCUCACACCCAUCCCUGAUUCAUCUCUACGCUCUGACUCCUCCCUUGUCACAUUAUCUACCUCUCCACUCAUUCCUCAUCCUAGUGCUUCUACUCAGCUCUCAUCUGUCCACUUUGCUGCUCCCUUUUCAACUGCUGCUGUUGACCCUGAGGUUAAGCCAUCUGAUGACAUUCAGCCAGAGUCACACAGACAGCUGGCCAUAUUGAGAGAGGAGGAAUAUCCCACUGCAGUCUGUCCUGAAGGUGAAGAUACCGAAACAUCAAAUGCUUUGGUGCACCAAAUGCACCAAACCAAAGACUUAAGAUCAUCCCAUGACAAAGCUGGACAUAUCACCGUAGCCAGUCAUAAACCAGGCACAGAAUCAGGGUUCGAACUGCAGCCAAUACCACGACCUAUGGUCUCUCAACUGCAGUCUACCCCCAAAGCUCCCAGUGUCUCAGAGGCUCAAUCACCUGAACCUAAACUUGACAUGGGUGUGGCUGAGAAGACCCCUUCCAAUGCUGCUUCACAAACUAUUCCUUCAUCUGUAAUAGUCAAAGAGUCCACUUCCCCCUUGACUGAGGUCAAGUGCACCCUAUCACCAACAGAGGUGCAGUCAGUGUUUACUAAUAAAGAGGAGAGCUUAAAGCUACAAACUGAGCCUACAAAUUUGGACAAUAUCCAAACAACUGAAAAUGAGCAAGAAAUAAACCUUGCCACUGAAUUGAUAUUUAGCCCAGAAAAGACUAAAAUCGAUGAGGGAGAAAAAAGCAUUGCUGGUUUCCUUCCCUUUUGUCCAAGAGCACCUAUUUUCCCUUGGUCACCCUUCACAUCAACAUGUGACACAGAUCAAAGUGGAGUUUUGCCCAUCGACAGAUCAACUAGGAUAAGAGAGGAGGUCAUUAAUCUCCCCACUGACUACCAGAAAUCAAAUCAAGACUGUGAAGCUGUGAAAAAUAUUGUUGAUCCGUCAGGAUGUUUUGACAACGCACACAGUCCACAAUUUGCACAGGUCCAUAAGGCAAAAAGAAAAGGAGAUAAUAGUGAAUCAAGCAGGAUUGACUUUUUUCUGUCCGAUGCAAAAACAUCACAUGUUUCUGGAUUCCCAUCUGGGGAGGAUAUUAAAAUGGAGGAGGCUAUACAGUGGCCUAAAGAUGAAAGUCUGUUCUGGGAGGAGAGCCAAGAGAAAAUAAUAAAUACAGUGGCCCCUAAGGAUACAGAAUAUCAAGAUGGACACUGCUUUGAAUACAUGCAUGAGCCUCAGUUCAGCAAAAGUACUAUUCUUGACAUCCCUUUUCCUCAGAGGUCAAAGGAUGAUAAUUCCAAGAUAUACAGAGAAGCAUGCAUGGUCAGUAUUCUUCCAUCCUGUCCAAGAGCUGCAUCUAUACCUGGCUUGCCAUCCUUAUACUUGCCAGAAAAAGGUAUCAAAUGGCUAUUCUCUGAAGGGUCAAUAAGUGUAAUGCCAUGUAAGAAGGAAUCAGCUAAGCACAUUCACAAUUUGGGAAUACAGUAUCCUGACAUUAAAAUACUGAACGAAAUGAUUUCACUGAAGCCAACUUGUCCAAAAUCUGUCAGUAUUCCAGGAUUUCCAUCUGUGCCCCUUGAUACUGAGGACAUACCAAGUAGUGUUAAUUUCCUUCCAACUUGUCCUAAAGCCUCAAGAAUUUCUGGCUUACCUUCAAGCCUACCAAUCACAAUCUCAGAACCUGAAAGCUGGCCCAAAAAUAACUUGAUGUUAUGGGAAAGAAAAAAGAAGAAAAGUAAAGUGCAGAUCCUACACUCAUUUACAGAGAGCCCAGAUAUGUUUAAGGCAAUGAUUCCGAUAAGACCAUCUUGCACAACAUCAUCUAAGGUUCCUGGAUUUCCAUCUAUUCCAGGGUACAUACCACAAGAACAUCUAAGUAUCAUAAAUAUGUUACCAUCUUGUCCAAAAAUUUCCAGUAUUGCAGGGUUCCCUUCGGUGUUUCUCAGUGUUGAGCAAGAUCUCUCACGCUGCCGAUCUGACAACACACCUUUGUUUGUAAUGCAGAAUAAGAAGGAUCAAAUAAGGGUUAUUCAUGACUUGAGAAAGCCAUAUGAUGAUAUUAAACAACUGAGAAAUAUGUUGUCACUGACAUCGACUUGUCCAGCAACUGCAGCUCCUGGUUUCCCAUCUGCACCAAUCCAUAUUGAAAAAGUCCCUAAUAUGGUCUAUCUACUUCCAGCUUAUCCCACAGUUUCAAAGAUUUCUGGCAUGCCUUCAAAAUUGCUAGCCAUUGAGCCAGAUGAUAAAUAUAAGCAUAUGGAUAGUGUAAUACUGUGGAAAAGACAGGUGAGAAAAAGUGAUCCAUGCAUUCCUGUCGUGUCUAAAUAUAAUGCAGAAACAGCCAAUUCAAUGAGUCUGAUGAGAUCCACUUGCUCAACACAAACAAGGAUUCCUGGAUUCCCAUCUUCCCCAAAGCUUAGACUUCAGAAAGACCAAAAUAUUUUAAACAUGAUACCAUCUUGCCCAAACAAUUCCAAGAUUGUAGGCUUCCCAUCCAUAACAGUUAUGAAAAUGGAUCAAAAUAUUCAACAAUGGAGAUUAAACAGUGAGCGAAUAAUUCAAAUGCCAAAGACAAGAACGUCAGACAUGUAUAUUAUUUUGAAUAAAGUUUUGGACACAUUUAAAGAAAACAUUGAUUUUACACAAACUAUGGUGGCCUUGGUGCCAUCAUGUCCUAAAAAAGCACAUUCUCCUGGCUUUCCAUCCCUACCAACACAGACUCAUGAGUGCUCCCAGUGCAUGAUAAAACUUCUAAAGUCUUGUCCAAAAGCCUCUUGUGUCCCUGGAGUAUCAUCUGUACUCAACACUGAAUCUGUUUCUAAUAAAUGGCCAGUGGACACUGAGCCAUUAUGGAUCAAAAGAACGAGGAACCAAUCAUACUGUUCCAAACUUUCAUAUCCACCUCAAUAUGAACUUAUAGGUGACAAAGAUGCCAUACAAAACAUGGUGUUAUUAAAACCAUCUUGCCCAAGAAAAGCGAAAAGUCCCGGCUUCCCAUAUACAUCACUACCAAGAUCAGAAAAGCAUAUCAUAUCAAGUAGACUGUCACCCUGUGCAGUAGUUGAAACUUGUGGCCCACUGAGGUUAGAGUCAUCUCUCAUUUCAAGCUUUUCUAUGACACAUGUUCCUAUUACAGUUCUAACAUUGGAAAACAACCCUUCAAAGGAGUGUGAUAUUACUAUGAAGCAUUUCACAAAUAGUUCAGCUGGAAAUGAAGUGACUCAUAUCAAUGCAACUAAAUUGAACUCUAGUUCCCUGGAAGAGACCAAAGAGGAUGUAGGAUUUUGGGCAAGAAGUGAGGAGGGAGAGAAGGGAAUUCUGGAGUGUGGCAAAAUAGACUGCAGAAUGUGGCACGCCCCACCUCCCGACAUGCCAUUAUUACUCACUGUUGGAGAGAGAACUGAAUGGACAGAUGCUGAGUUCCAAAACACAGAUGAUUAUACAAACACAGAGCACUCUGCUUGUGAUAAAUAUACAUUUGAGAACCUGACACAAAGACCAGAACAACUCACGUCUAUAUAUGAGGAUGAAAAAGAGACAGUGGAAGACACAUGUAAUCUGGAGCCUUCCGUGGAUAAUGCUCCGUCCAAACUACAAGAGAACCAGUGGGUACCUAACAUGGCUGAUCUCUUUCCAUCAUGCCCAAUAAUUUGUAGAGUUCCUGGAUUCCCAUCUACAGCUAUGACUAUUACUUAUGAGACAGAGGCAAUGGAUUGGCCUAGAGACUCAAAUACCUUGUGGCAAAAGGUAAAGGGAUUAAAAACAGUAGAACCCCUUCAAUACAUGGCAAUAUCUCAGUAUGAUACAAAAAUGAUUGGAAAUAUGGUAUCUCUGGCCUAUUCCUGUCCCAGUGAAACAAGUAUUAUAGGCUUCCCUUCUGCCAUUAGGAGAAAAAUAUUAGAAAUAUCCCCCAUAAGUACAUUUUGCCCCAAGAUAUCCAGAGUAGCUGGUAUACCAUCAAGCUCCCUAAUUCAAGAGGACAAGCCUCAUGUAGAGUGGCUGAACAGGAAAGGAUGUUUGUGGGACAAGCAGUCAAAGGAAAAACUGGCCUUCAUCAUAAAUAAACCAGUCCAGUAUACUGAUAUUUCCAGUCUGAUGGUGGCUAUUAUUCCAACUUGUCCUGAGAAAGCACUCAUUCCUGGUUUUCCAUCUGCAUCAUGCUCCAAAGAAAGAUGGAAGUGUGGAACCAUGAAAACAUUUUCUUCAACUUGCUCAACAGUAUCUACAGUAUGUGUAGUUACUGAUCAUACUUUGAGAAAAGCACCAGCAGCUCAAGUAGAUGAAUUUACCACUACAUCAAAAUUUCAAGCCCCAGUGGUUCCAAGCAUGUCAAGGCUUCUUCCAACAUGUCCAAUGAUCUCUAGAAUUCCUGGACAUCCAUCUACACAAGAAUCUAACAAUUUGGAGUGGGCCAGUGACCAGACAUUAAAUUUAAGCAAACCAUUAAAAGAAAAAACAAUUAAAUUUACAGAAACUGGUCAAGAUGCAGAGAACAGAAAUAAAAAUAUGACUUUAUUAUCAACCUGCCCUCUUGCAGCACGCAUUCCAGGUUUUCCAUCUGCACAGCGAUGUAAAGGUCAAGAGCCAAACAUGCAAAGCAUUCAUCCCUCUUGCCCAAUGCUCUCCCAUAUAGCUGGAUGUCAGAGCAUACAGAUCCCCAGAUCAUCAAAUUGGCCAACCAAUCAAAUCAUUCUGAUGGAUAGGCAAACUAAGAAUCCUACAAUUAUUAUAAGUAAAGCAAACGAGAACAAAAUAAUACUUGAAAGCAAUGCUGCUUUACUGUCAACUUGUCCAUUCAAAUCCUGCAUUCCAGGUUUUCCAUCUGUACCAGAACCAAAAAUGCAAAAUAUUCUUCCUUCUUGCCCCAAAAGGUCUAACAUAGUUGGAUUCCCUUCUAAAGAUGAAGCAGUGUGUUUAGAUGGAUUAGUUGGAAGUCUAAAUACAAUUCACUUGUACUGCAGUGCACCAAAACACAAGCUAUUUUUUAUUAAGGACAUAACAAACGAGACCAGAGACUCAAUGAAAGGUAUGUUUGCCUUAGUUCCAACUUGUCCAACACUGACAGUAAUACCAGGAUUCCCAUUUGCACCAAAACCCAAAGUUUCUCCUAACAUGGUAAAUCUUCAUCCAUGUAUUCCAAAAACUUCAAGAAUUGUUGGGCUCCAAUCAAGAGACAGCACAGACACACAUGUAUGGAUUUUUGAGAAGAAGUCUUUGUGGGUGAAAUUAUUAAAAUCAAGAUCAGAUAUUCAUGACCAAUGCUACUUUGACCAUCCGUGUGAACAGUUAGAGCAUUACAAUAUGAAGAAAAUGAUAGCUUUGGUGCCAACCUGCCCAAGAGAAGUUCAAAGUCCUGGUUUUCCUUCUGUACCUUACAUCAAAAUGGAUAAAUUCUAUUUACGAAAAGAGUCAGAUAUGAGAAGUCUACUGAAUUCUUGCCCAGGGUUUGCUCUUGUUCCAGGCUUUCCUUCAUUACAUUCAGUUAUCUCAGCAGACUCAUCAUGGAAAGUUCAGGCGAGGCCAACAUGGGGUAAACCUGAAAAACACAAAUCAAUUUUAAUUUCAAGUAUAACCAAACAGAAUGAACAAUAUGUAAAAAUUGUACUACUUGCACCAACAUGCCCUGAUAAGACUAGAAUUCCUGGAUUUCCAUCUGUAAGAAAGUUAAUGUAUGCAAUGACUGCUCUUCUACCAUCUUGUUCAUAUGCAUCAAGUAUACCUGGAAUGCCAUCUAGGAGAGAGAUAACUCAAGAUCUUACUCAGAUAGACAGAGUGCUGUCUGCUCUGCCACUUUCUAGGGAGAAACCUUUGAGGACAAAGCCACUUUUGGUUUCUAAUGAUCUUUCUACAGUUGAGAAUAAAACAGUUAUGUCCACUUUGGUGUACUGUUGCCCAAGCAAAGCAAGGAUUCCUGGAUUCCCAUCAAUGCCUACUAUACCUUCCACACAUACCGGCAUGUCUGUAACAAACCCCAAUCAAACCCAGACCCAAACAGAGCCUGAAAGGGCACUGUGUACUACACUGAAUAAGAUAGACAAAUGGGAUCUAACAGUGGAUGUCAAACUAUCUGAUAAAACCCCAGAAAUAAAAAAGACCAAAGAAAUUCUUGAUGGAAAUCCACUGCAAGAAAAGCAAUUCUUGGAAGAACACGCUGUGGAGCAGUCAACUCCAAGCAACACUCAUGACACUACAGACUCCCCAGAUACUGAUAUAACAUCUGGAUGGGAGGUACUGGAGGCAGAUGAUCCUUUUACAGAAAAAGAAGGAUCUUCAGGCCUUGUUGAAACCAUAGUUGGUGUUUUUCACAAAGGUUUUGAGACAGUAGCUGCGAUGCUGCAGCCCUCUGGUAUUGGAGCAGAUGUGGAUGGCCAGUUGACCACUCAGGACCCCUGUUGUUUGGUGGAUCCUGAAAACAAUGCUAGUGUGAAACCCACACAGCCUUGGUGUGAACCUGCUGAGGGGCCAAUCCUACAAAAAGCACUGCAUAUUUCAUCAACUGAGCCUCAGGAGUUUAAAUUCCCUGUAAGUGCUGAACCAUGCAUGUGGCGCUUGGCUGACAGUCGAUCUGAGACAUCCUUGUGCGCUAAAGAUGUUGAAAGCUGGCUUACUGGGAAUGGAGAACAUAGCCAGAUGAAGAAGUGGCCUCCACUAACUGAGGCAGACCUACAUGAGAUUACCAAAGAAGAGGAAGGAAAUGUCCCACAUACUUUGCUUCAAAUAAGUGAAACAACCAAAAAGAAAAUGUUUGAACUUGAUGAGAAUACUGAAGAAGAGUUUUUAGAUAAGCCAUUCUUGAUAGUGAAGGGGCCACAGAAUCAUAGUGCUCAAGAGAUAUCUGCACUCAUCCAGCCUACAAGCAGCAAGCCUCAGAAAGAAGAGAUAAUGACAUUUUCUCUAACUUCCCCACAAAAGCAUUCAGAGAUUAGAAAUGAAGAGACCUCUGUUUUAACAUGUAGUCAACUACCACCACCUCAGGAGACUAGCAGGAACUCCGGGUUUCAAGAAUCUUCUUUCACACCAGUCUUGAAAGAUCAAGAACCUGUUUCUCCUUGUUCAAAUGUCUCAAGUGUUUCACCUUUUGGCAGCAAAAUAAACAGUAACUUAACUGAGGAAUUUUCACACACCGUGGAACAUGUAUCUGUCGUAAACCAGACUGAAUGUCUUUUAGAUGUAUCCCAGAGUUUGCAGGCAGCAAUGUCUGAAUGUAUCAUUGAGGACAAGAAGUUGGACAAAGUUGUUGGUAUGCCCACACCUUUGGAAGAUCCUCUGACAUCUGCAGAUGAAAAUUAUUUUACUAAAACCAUGGUGCAGAGUCCCAGUGUUUUACCUGUUCCAAUGCCUCGGGUAAAGAAGCGCCUUAGUGCUUCUUUACCAGAUGAUUACCGAGUGGAAAGUGGUACAGCUGAAUUAAGCACUUGCAGUAUUUGCCCCUCAGACAAUAAUGAGAUCUCAAGUAAAGCCAAAAUGCCUGGAAUUUCUAAAGCUAGUGGUGCUGAAAAUAAAACUGAAUUGCAGAAAAGGAACCAAGUGUUCUCUACAGGUAUGUCUGACUCUGAAAGUGACAUAAAGUCAACUACUGAUAUGCAGCCUGGCAAAGAGAAAAAAGCUGAAAGAGAGCUGGACCAAAUUGCUUCUGAAAUCAAAGUGAAGUCAGUUGAUCAAGUCAAGGCCACAGAACCUCUACUUCCAAUGCCUCGUGUGAAGAAGCGUUUCAGUGCUUCUUUUAAUGAUGACAUUCCAACUGUGCCAUCCUCCCCUCAAUUUGUCCCCGAUCAAGGACAAAAAGAGGCACAUUCACCAGUUCCAGCUCCUCGUUCAAAGAAGCACCUCAGUACGACUUUCCCAGAUGAAAAUCCUUCCGAAGAGAACCAAGUUGUCUCCUUUGUGAAUCAAAUGGAAAGCAAAGCACUUCUCCCUUCAGGAAAUGAGUCUUCAUUAUAUUUUUCAGAAAAGACUGUCAAAGCACUUGAACUAGAUAAUAACAAAUCUGUUAAUAGCAUGUUAGUUACUGUGGAAAAAGUUACAGCUUGUCCAGAGCUUUCCUUCACUAAUCAUGAAGGCAACCAACAGCUGGUUGAAGAGAAUGUCAGGGAGAAAGUUAGUGAGUCUGCUAAAGCCUUAACCAUGAGUGAGUCUGACACAAGCAAUGUUCCUCAAAAUGUGAGUAAAACGCAAAGACAAGAAGAGAGAUCCAGUGAGAAAAAUCAGGAUGUAGAAACAACUGUGAAGGAUGUUAAGCAGGGAAAAGGAGAAGAUAAGGUUCAUUUGGCUACUGUGUCUUUAGAUGAAACUGCUGCUACAUUAGAAUUAAAGAGACAAGCCACAGAGGAUUCUUCAAGCCUGCCUGUCCCAAGGCCUCGUGUGAAGAAACGUUUGAGUGCCUCAUUCCCAGAUGAUACCUCAAUUCCCACUGAUGAAAUAACCCAUCUAGAGGAAGGUUCUAAUAAGAAUAUUAAUGAACCAGUUCUCACUAAAAGGAAAACAAAGACAGAAGCCAUGGUCCAUCAUGGAAGUUCUCCAGCAAACUCUGCUGCAGCCAGUGAGUCAGAGAUGACAAGCCUUGUAGAUUCCAGUCAGUCUCUUCUAAAGUGGUGCCAAAAGGUAACACAAGGUCACAAAGGCGUGAAAGUCACAAACUUCAGCACCUCCUGGCGAAAUGGUCUCGCUUUCUGUGCCAUCCUCCAUAAUUUCCAUCCUGAUAAAGUGGAUUUCGAAAUGUUGGAUCCUUAUGACAUUAAGGGGAACAACAAAAAGGCUUUUGAUGGUUUUGCUGAACUGGGUAUCUCCAAACUGAUUGAGCCCUCUGACAUGGUACUGCUGCCCACGCCUGACCGACUCAUUGUUAUGACUUACCUCAACCAGAUCCGUACACACUUUACUGGCCAGGAGCUCAGUGUGGUACAAAUUGAACAGAACAGCAAUGAGUCAAGCUACGUUGUGGGAGAAAAAAUACAGAACACAGACCCUGAUGCUGCUGCACGCUAUUAUGCUGAGAGAUUCCAGACUAGCCACCUUACUCAGGAGACAGAUGUCCCUGACCAAGGCACUAAAGAGAAUCCAAACACCAAUGGCAGUUUGGUACCACCACCUCGAACCAAACUCAAGGGGGUGAGUCAAGCAGGAGGCUCAGGGGGAGCUCAGGCUCUAGUUGCUCCUCCAAGAACUCACACUUCAUCCACCAAAGGAUUUUCUCAUGUCAAGGAUGCAGAUUUGGUAAAGAAGCGGCGAUCACAGCUGAGAGGGGAGUCUUUUGAAGAGACUGAGAUGUCAGAGAAACUGACUGCAGUAGAGAGUGGACCAAGUCAUCCUGAGAGUGGAGCAGCCAAAGCACCCUCAGGAGCAUUGGAGUGCGGGGAACUGGGAAAAGCAGGAGAUGGCCAGGAUGUCAGUCAGUAUGUCCUGAGUGAGAUGCAAGCCCUGGAGGCAGAGCAGAGACAGAUUGAUCACCGGGCCAACAUUGUGGAGAGGAAACUAAGAAUUCUUAUGGAGUCUGGUAGUGAUCGUGCAGAGGAAGAGAAACUGAUUCAGGAGUGGUUCAUGCUAGUUAACAAGAAGAAUGCCUUAAUCAGGAGACAAGACCAUCUGCAAUUACUACAAGAGGAGCAUGAUUUGGAGAGGAGAUUUGAACUGCUCAAGGUAGAGCUUAGAGAUCUCAUGGCAGUGGAAGACUGGCAGAAGACUCAGGCCCAUAAAACCAGAGAGCAUUUGUUGCUGCAAGAGUUGGUGUCUCUUGUCAACCAGAGGGAUGAACUGGUCCAUGACAUGGAUGCCAAAGAGAGAGGGGCUUUGGAGGAAGACGAAAGGUUGGAAAGAGGUCUGGAGCAGAGACGAAGGAAGUAUGGAAGUCGAAAAGAGAAAUGCAUAUUGCAGUAAGGGAAUAAGAUGGUCAAAAGUGAUUUUAAAAUUAAUAGACUGUUGGCGAACACCAAACGUCACACUUUAUAUAGAACUAGUGAAGAAAAUAUAAGGUGGAGAAAAGGAAGGCUCACCAGAAGAACGAUGAACGGGUUUGUUUUGACUGUGUGGAGUGCAAGUGGAGAUUUUUUUGGAGAUCACUUAGUGUCCAUUUGACAUUGCAGAUUAUUUUGUAAAAUUUUUAGUGGUGACUUCUACUGGUUCACCUUCAAGAUAUGUUUAUCAAUAGUUUAGAAACAGAUACUGCUUUACAUUGUAUAAUUUAUACAGUACAUUGAUGCAUUUUAGACAGAACGUAAUAUAUUGCUGUGCCAUAUCAGUGAUGCUCUUUAUAAAAUUAUCUUGCUAUUGGUGUUUUUCAGGGAAAUGGCAAAAGAUAGCUCAGACACUGAAUAUUGAAACUAAACCUCCAAAAGAAAGUAUAAUUUAAGUAGAUAAAUUAUAUUAAGAGGAACGUAGCAUUGAUUCUCAUAUAUUAAAUAUAUUCAAAACUCGCUACAUUCUGGGCUAUAUAGUACAUACUUGUUAUCCAAAGAAUCUGUCGAUUCAACAAAGAAAGGUAUUGAGAUCUCUGUGUGGACUAAACAUGUCAAAGACGUACAGUAAAUCAAAUGAAAUUUGGUUAAUCCACCAUUUUGCAAAAUGUUUGAAUUCAUGUCUACGGUUUGGUAUUUCCUGAUUCUGUGCAAUCUGGCCUUCCACACAGAGUAAGAACUUAUCAAACUGUGGCAAAGCCUGCUUUAAGAAAAACAUAAAAAAUAAAUUAUAGUAAAGAAAUCCUUUACUGUACUAUGCACUCAACACUGUUCUAGCUACUGUCAUUGGGUAAUUAGUGUCGGGUAGAUCUUUAGUGCAUUUACUGUAUUUAAGAUUUAUUUUAAUAUUAUUUGGAAUUAUAUUUUGUGUCAUUUCAUUCAAAUAUAAAAUAGAAAUAUGCACAACAAGAAAAUGACACAAAACCCAGAAUGUUUCAACUUCCUUUAUUAUAUGCAAAGGGAAGUGCUUCAGUUCCAGAAAGUUGCAUUACAUGGAAACACACAUUUGCUGUGUAGCAGAAUAUUUGUGAUGACGCUAGCAUGAAUGUGUAUUUCUGGAAGCUUCCAUAAAACAGUAUUAAUUUUAAACUUUUUUCUUGAAAGCUUGAUAAUUAAUUUAUGUAUUAUUCUAUGAGUGUCUGAAUGGUUUUUUUUUAUUUCAUUCUUUUAAUGUGUUUUACUGCUGAACGUUUUGGCCUCUGCCUUGCAGUGUCACUUUUUGUGCAUUAUAUAGCUAUGAUAGGAAUUCUUGACAUCCUGCACUUUUAAAACUGCACUGUUUAAAAGAGUUUUGGGGAAAAUAAAAGUUGUGACUCAGACAACCUUA